AUGUCAAUGAUAUAUUUUACUAUUUGUACAUUAUUAUUUGCAUCAACAAUCUCCGCUUUACGUGCACCAGCUGUUGUUUAUUCAGCUAUUAUAGAAAAUGCAUGUGAUACACCAAUUCAAUGUAGUAUAGUUUGGUCACAAGUAUCAGGUCAAACAUUACAAAGUGGUUUAUUUACUAUUGCAAAUAAACAAAAUUAUUUAGUUAAUGAACAUGAAACAACCAUAGAUACAUGGAAAGCUCGUUCAAUAAUCCAAGAAAUACAUUGUGGAAAAUUAGUACUUGCUGCUCCAUUCGAUAAAGUUAUAUCACCACAAACAAAUUGGAAAUUUGUUGUUCAAUCAGAUAAAAUUGUAUCAGUUGGACCUAAUAAUUAA